GGGGUUUGGGUCAAUGAGGAUGUGAGCGAGCGGAGUGUGAGGGGUCUGGGGAGCAGCUAGAGUAUGUUUCCAGAGUAUACUCGAGAGGGACAUGAACAAAGCAUGUGUCGUCCCACAGUGUUUUCUUUUUGUUCGGUCUAGCAUAGGGCUAAUGAUGGUGAUUUUGGUUGGUCUUCUCAGUAACUGAUACGACACAUAUCCCACUCAUGGUGAACAUAGUGAUGUGCUCACGAUAUGCCACUUCAAUCCAAAUCUGGGAGAUGUCCCGAGUGGCGGAUUGAAGCUCGUCCACUUUUUCUCGCGUGUUGCAAUUUCCUCUUUCCCAUCAAAGGCGGGAUGCUUAUUGCAAGCCAUAUUCGCAUGGAACCCCCUCUUUAUCCGUGCUCGUCCAUUCUUAACUGCCAGGCAUGGCCAUCAAAUUUGCCUGUCCGUAGGGCUGCUACGGCAUCCAACCAUCCCUUUUCUGCUUUCACUCUCGGACCUUCCCUACUUCAUGGUCUCCUAUGGUCUAACUCGCGCACCCAAGUUUCCCUCCCCAUCAUUUCUUUGCAUUAUUCACCAUUCGCCGUCACGCAUUCUCAACUCUUACCCACGACCAAGUCGCACACCAGUAGACAACCAUCAAUUUAUUCGUUUUCAUUUUUCAAGCUUUGCAGUGGCGAGCUUUAUACAAACCGAAACUCCGGUCCAUUCAUUUCAUUUCAUUCUAUCUGACUACCCAGCCGCAACAAGUUCCUUGCAUAUCUGCAAAAUCAGGCCUCAUUGCGGCCGAACAACAAACUCAAGGCUUCGACAAUAGGAUACUGAAAGAUGGAGAUUGGUGUUA